AUGAAGGGAGAAGCAUCAUGGACCAAUGAUUGCACUGAUGUUGUGGUUAGAGAUGAUAGUGAUCUCAAUUCAUUCUCGGAUCUCAAUGAUGAUGAUGGAAACAAAGACGUUAAUGCAGUUUCGGUGGAUCUAAUCUUGCCUGAUGAUCUAUUAGAAAGAAUCUUGGCAUAUCUCCCCACUGCAAGCAUCUUCAGAGCAGGUUCUGUGUCGAAAAGAUGGCAUGAGAUAGUGAGUUCUAGGAGGUUCUUGUGGAACUUGUCUCAUGUAACAUCACAAAAGCCUUGGUACUUUAUGUUCACGAGCUCUGAUGAACCUGUUGGUUAUGCCUUUGAUCCAGUUCUUAGGAAAUGGCACGGUAUUGAUCUACCUUGCAUCAGGACAUCCAAUUGGUUCAUAGCCUCCUCGUGCGGGUUGGUUUUCUUCAUGGACAAUGACUGUAGCAGUGAGUUGUAUGCUUGCAACCCAAUCACUAAACGCUUCAGGAAGCUUGAAGACCCUCCUGGGUCAAGGCUAUCUGACUAUAGUGCACUUGCAGUCUCGGUGAAUGGAGAGUCACACAACUAUACUGUCUCGAUUGUCAAGUCUAACCAGGUUCCCAGAGAUUUUCUCCAAUGGCAUCUAUCAAUAUAUACUUAUAAUUCUGAUAUCCAGAUGUGGAUGACUUCUUGGACCGAAGUUUUGACCGGGUGGAGAGGUGGUGAUGAGAGUGUUAUCUGCAAUGGCAAUUUAUAUGUAUUGAUUUAUUCAACUGGUGGUGGCUAUCCAGAAAACCGCCAUGGUAUUCUUGCUUACAGGCUUUCUGGUCGGUACUCACGUGAUGAUAAGUUGAUAAAAGGUUUCAUUCCAGCUCCCUGUUCUCUUACAUGUGGACGACUGAUGAAGUUGAAGGAUAAAUUGGUCAUUGUUGGAGGCAUUGGGAAGCAUGACAGGCCUGAUAUAAUUAAGGGGAUUGGGAUCUGGGUUCUUAAUGGAAGAGACUGGCAAGAGAUCGCUCGCAUGCCCCACAAGUUUUUCCAAGGGUUUGGAGAGUUCGAUGAUGUCUUUGCUAGCAGUGGCACUGACGAUCUUGUAUACAUCCAGAGUUAUGGGGGGCCAUCACUGCUUGUUUUUGACAUGAACCAGAAACUGUGGAAGUGGUCACAUAAGUGUCCAGUAACAAAGAGGUUCCCACUUCAACUCUUCACUGGUUUCUGUUUCGAACCUCGGCUCGAGAUUGCACCUUGA